AUGGACAAUCACGAGAGUCAUUGUUUUGUCGACGCCCUCAACUACGCAAAAGACAACGGAAUCGUUCUUCUCACAAUUCCACCACACACAUCCCACAAGCUGCAGCCAUUAGACAGGACUGUUUUUGGCCCCUUAAAAACCUUUUAUUCUCAGGCAGCAUCAAAUUUUAUGCUGAGACACCCCGGGAGAACAAUCACAAUCUACGACGUUUCGGAACUGUUAGGGGAAGCUUUACCAAGGGCUAUGGUGCCUACCAAUAUAAUUAGUGGCUUCAGGGCGGCUGGAAUAUGGCCCAUAAAUGCCGACAUUUUCACGGAGAGUGAGUUCAUGGCCAGUUUAGUUACGGACAGCCCUCCCCCUUCUCAACUUGAAGAACCAGCACAGAGAAGUAUGGCAGCGUUGGACUGUGCUCCCCCUUCCCCGCUUGAUGAACCCAUACAGAGCAGUGUGAUAGCGUCGGACUGCCCUCUCCCUUCUCCACUUGAGGAGCCCGUAGAAAGCAGCAGUGUGAGUGAACGCGCUUCCCCAUCCUUACUUGGAGGAUCAGUGCCGAUGCACUUUUCACCACAGGAUAUCAUGCCCUACCCCAAGGCAGGUCCACGC